CUCCAAAUCCCGGAAGUAUCCCUCAAGGCGUGAGUCUAGCACUCAGUCUAUAAGCCAUCGGCUCCUUGUGAGCAUGCGCCUGCCCUGCCUCCCGGAAUGGGCUCUUGGAGCGGAAGUUCGUACACAGCGCCCCUCACGUGACCCUCGGCCGAGCGUCCCCGUGGUCAUGGCAACCGAGGCCUAACUGCUGGUUCCGCCGCUGCCACCAUGAUCCCGCCGGCCGACUCGCUACUGCGCUACGAGACGCCGGUGCUGAUCAGCCGCAACACCGAGAAGCGCUCGCCCAAGGCGCGGCCGCUGAAGGGAAGCCCGCCGGUGGCGCUGCCCGCUGGGCCCGUCUCGUCGCCCAAGGGGAAGGCGCCCUCGCCCUCCGUCGAGCCCGCCAAGCAAGCCGAGGAGAUCCUCAACGCUAUCCUGCCUCCCCGAGAGUGGGUGGAGGAGAACCAGCUAUGGAUCCAGCAGGUGUCGAGCACCCCCAGCACACGCAUGGACGUCGUGCACCUGCAGGAACAGCUGGACCUCAAACUCCAGCAGCGCCAGGCCCGGGAGACGGGCAUCUGCCCUGUACGGCGGGAGCUCUACUCCCAGUGCUUUGAUGAGCUGAUCCGAGAGGUGACCAUCAACUGUGCAGAGCGGGGACUUCUCCUGCUGCGUGUGAGGGAUGAGAUCCGGAUGACGAUUGCGGCUUACCAGACCCUGUACGAGAGCAGCGUUGCCUUUGGCAUGCGGAAAGCCCUGCAGGCGGAGCAGGGCAAGUCUGACAUGGAAAAGAGAAUUUCAGAGUUAGAGGAUGAGAAGCGAGACUUGGAGAGACAAGUGAACGAGCAGAAGGCCAAAUGUGAAGCCAUUGAAAAACGGGAACUUGAAAGGCGGCAAGUGGAGGAGAAGAAGCACACCGAGGAGGUGCAGUUCCUGAAACGGACCAACCAGCAGCUCAAGGCCCAGCUUGAAGGCAUAAUUGCACCAAAGAAGUAGACCUUUCCACAGCCCUGAGCAAAGAUUGCCUCAUGUGACAAGCAGGAGGAUACCUUGAAAAGCAUGCAGUUAACGAAUUCCCAGAUCACCACCAGCCCUUCUUCUCAACUGGAUCAAUUCAAGAUUCAGACACAGAUCAAAUUCUGCUCCCUGCUUCUAGUGAUUUCUCAACUGGCUUGGGAUUUGCCUCACAGGUCACACUAGCUGAAGAUUUUUAAUAACUUUUUUACACAGUAGCAUUUCAAUGUUAGUACUGGGCAGGUCUCAGCCCUACAGCAAGGGAAAGGGCUGGAGAGCAUCAUAUGACAAUAAAUGAGGAGUUCUGAAA